CUUGUGACCGAGCAGGAAGAGGCUUUUUGAUAGACAUCACAGAAAGCCGGUGUAUUUUACUGGACUUCUGAAAGAAACAAGGACCCAUGGCUGUUAGAGGAAUGAAACUGUCGAGUGUUUGUUUUCUACUUUUAUAUUUGAUAUUGGCAGUACUGGCUGGGAGGGAUUUCUACAAAAUUUUGGGGGUUAGUAGAUCAGCAUCAAUUAAAGAUAUUAAGAAAGCCUACAGAAAGCUGGCAUUGCAGCUUCAUCCAGACCGAAACCAAGAUGACCCAAAUGCCCAAGACAAAUUUGCAGACCUCGGAGCUGCUUACGAGGUGCUCUCAGACGAGGGGAAAAGGAAACAGUAUGAUGAAUAUGGAGAGGAGGGGUUAAAAGAAGGCCAUCAAAGUUCACACGGUGAUAUAUUCUCCAGUUUCUUUGGUGACUUUGGAUUCAUGUUUGGUGGAAAUCGGCAGCCAGCCGGCCGGGAUAUUCCAAGGGGUAAUGAUAUAGUACUGGACCUUGAAGUAACCCUAGAAGAGGUGUAUUCAGGGAAUUUUGUAGAGGUGGUGCGAAACAAACCUGUAGCAAAAGAAGCCCCAGGCAAAAGAAAAUGCAACUGCCGGCAAGAAAUGAGAACCACACAACUAGGACCAGGUCGCUUCCAGAUGACACAAGAAGUUGUCUGUGAUGAAUGCCCUAAUAUCAAGCUUGUUAAUGAAGAGAGAACGCUAGAGGUGGAGAUCGAACAGGGUGUGAGGGAUGAAAUGGAAUACCCCUUCAUUGGAGAAGGUGAACCUCACAUUGAUGGCGAGCCUGGAGAUCUGCGUUUCCGCAUCAAAGUUUUGAAGCAUCCAGUGUUUGAGCGCAGAGGUGACGACCUAUAUACAAACGUCACCAUCUCUCUGGUAGAGGCUCUGGUUGGUUUUGAGAUGGACAUCACACAUUUAGAUGGUCACAAGGUGCACAUUGUCAGAGAUAAAAUCACUAAGCCAGGAGCUCGUAUUUGGAAGAAGGGUGAGGGCCUACCAAAUUUUGACAACAACAAUAUCCGUGGAUCACUCAUAGUCACUUUUGAUGUAGAUUUCCCCAAGGAGCAGCUUGAUGACCAGCAGAAAGAUGGUAUAAGGCAACUUUUGAGACAGGCACCAUCUCAAAAGGUUUAUAACGGUCUGCAGGGAUACUGACAAACCAGCCAAGUAAAUCAGGACUGAUUGCCCUGUCCCUGUCUGCCCUUCACACACAUACACACUUAAAUGCACACUGAGGAACAAGCAAUGGGGUGUAUUUAUUUUUUUUCUGAUUGUUCUCAGGAAGGGUUGACAUUGAUAUGUUUUUAUUAUUUUCCUUAAUUUACGUUUUUAAAGGCCAUCAUUUUCUCAUGGAAAGUAUUUUUUUUAUUUGACUCAACAUUUUUUUUGUCCAAAUUAUAAGUUUUCCUUAUAUGGUCCCUGGUUUCAUACUUUAAGUAGUUCAAGACCUUUGUCAUCAGUUUAUGUGUUUGGACACUAUGACCAGUCAACCACCAUUCACUCAUGGAUCAGCGUAAUGUUUAGUGCCAGUUGACCUGAGACUUACUACACCACAAAACAAAAAGAGGACUGAAACUUCAAAAUAGAGGACUUUUUAAACACCUGCCUCAGCACUGUAUGUCUUCAAGUCUUUUAUGAAAGAAACAGUUAUGUGAAUGUAAGUUCAUUGAGUUUUCUCAACUUAGACUCUUCAGUCUUUGGUCUGCUUGUUUUAAAGAAAAUGUGUGUGUGUGUGUGUGUGUGUGUGUGUGUGUGUGUGAGAGAGAGAGAGAGAUUGCCUUGUUCAGAUUUGCGUCUGGCUACAGGUCUGUUUCCUUUGAGGCGUUUACUUGGGUUUUGAAGUUCAAACAGAAGACCUCUUAAACUGUACAGUUCAACUCUUUCCUGUGAAUUUUUUUAUGUGACAGACUCACGUUCUUGUUUCUUUCACAACCCCUCCUGAUGUUCAGCCCACUGGGUUUCCUCCUAGUUAGUAAGUUUUCUUUGCUCAUUUGUGGACUGUACCAGAAAGAACAAUGAACAUCUUCUUAGGAUAACUGCACAGGUGAAGGAAAUAUCAUUUGUCAUUUUCAAAUGAAAAUUAAAGUUUCUAACUAUGGUUAAAAAUUGA